AUGGAGAGUAGCGCGACGACGUUCACGUUUAUCCUUAUUUGCCUUCUUCUGCGUUUUUACGCGCGUGCCGAGGAUCAGGCUCCGAGGAUUUCUCGUAAAAUCGACGGAGCUCGUUACUGUGACUUCGACGAGGCUAGGAAGAAUUAUAACGCGACCGAUCUGAUAGAGUGUAUCGACGAAUUGGCUGUCGAUCUUGUGGAUCGAGAAAGCGGAAGGCUAACGAGCGGAAAGGGUCAGUGGAACGGGUUCAAGGGAAGGCAAAUCUCUUUCAUGGACGUUUUAUCGAGUUUUUUCAAUAACGAUCCAGCAACGUCGCAUCCGAGCGGUGGCCUUCCGGCGGACACGACUUCCGGCUACCAGCAAUCGAAUUACCCCGCUGGAACGGUCGGUCUUUCCCCUGGAUUUCAACUGAAUCUCUUCGACGCGGUGUCCACGAUAUCCCGUCACGACGACUACAAGUGUGUGCCCAGGAUACUCUGCGAGAUGGCCAGCGGUAAACUUCCAGGGAGAUCGUUAAGCAAACAUGGUUCCGGCUUCUUCGACUUCCUCGGUCGAAACGUGUUCACGGACUGGCUGACCAAGAUCGACGUGAUUGGAGCUUCCCCUCUGCUGAAUUUCGGCAGAGCUAUGAUCCUCGGUUACAGCAAUCGAGGAAAUUCCGAGACUUGCUACGAAGCUUUCCCGAGAUGCCCCAAAGACAUGAACGGUUUGAUUUACUAUCUGAAUAAUUACAACGGAGGAUUCUUCAGGCUCUUCAACAAGUACCAGAAAGGACAUUACAGGAAGUACAACGGAGUUCCUAAUCAACGAGUUGGUGGUCACUCGAAGAUCGCCGUAAGGGGACGAAUAACCUCUGGAAACUUCAGAGAGUACUCUCAAAACGAACCUGUUCGAAGCAACGUUCAGUUUCCAAUUGUAAAAUACCAAGAAUACUUCAAGAAACGAGAAUUUCCAAAGCACGACAAACUAAGAACAGCCAACGAAAUCAUUUUUCCCAAUCAGAAUGAAUUGAACGUCGAACCAGCCACGAAAAAUCUACAAGACGAGACGUUGAAUUGGAACUCCGUAAUUUUGCAGAACGAUAACGUUGCAUUUUUCCCUCAGGUAGAAGACGACAGAAGAUUCUCUCGUUUCCGGUUUCCCUCGAAAUUCGAGGACACGACGGGCUAA